AUGGAGGGGGCUCACGAAUAUUUUAUUACAUGUGGACCCCCUCCAAGUGAGAGGGGUGUAAGCCUAUUAACUUAUAGAAUGACAGAGAAAGGGAGAUCCUCUCUAUUUUCUGUAGAACUGAAAGCUGCCUGUCUUGGAUCUAUUUCUCUUUCUUCUCCAGUUUGGGUUUGCUAUUUGCAGAUUUUGUUGAAAUAUUGGUGUGAAAAACGCAAAUUGAUCUUUGGUUGCAGCUGUGGGUUUCUCUCAUCAGAAGAUGAACUUCUGGUCAUCAUCAUACCAAAUGCAGGAAGAGUUGUGUUUUACAUCAAAAUGGACGCCAAAAAAUUUAUGCAGUUGGUUGAAGAGAAAAAGAAGAGAGUUUUGGCAAAGAGAGAAGCCCCCUUGAAAUGGGAGCAGAAACUUGAAGCUGCUGCCAAGGCAAAAGCUGAUGCUGAAGCCAAAGUGAGGAAGGCAAAGGCUGCUAAGCACAAGAGAAUAUCUGUAUCUGGGUCAGAUAGCAAUAGUGACUCUGACAGUGGUGAUGAGGAGAGAAAGAGGACUAAAAAAUCCCACAAGAAGCGAAGAAAGCACAACAAUUCCAACUUAGGCAACCAUGAAAAGAGGAAGGAUAAGAGAUCCAAGCGCAAGCCUGGGAGACGAUCACGCGGUUCAGAUUAUAGCAGUGAUGAAUAUGAUAGCGAUUCAGAAGAGGAGAUGAAGAAGCAUGACCACAAGAAACACAGGCAUGAUCAUAUGAGUUCCGGUUCUAGUGCCUCAGAUUCUUCAAGCGACGAGAAUGAUUAUGCUGUCAAAAAAAUUAACCGGGCAAAGCAUCACAAACAUCAUAGGUGGAUUAAGUCUGGACAUCCAGAAUCUUCAAGUGGUGGUGGUGGUGGUGGUGAUGAUGAUGAUGCAACCAGAAAAAGAAGCCAUGCAAAGCAUCGUAAACAUUAUAGACUGGUACACUCAAGUUCAGAUUUUUCCAGCGACGAGGGGGCUAAGAGACAGAAUAGUCAUGCGAAGCACAACAAAUCUGAACGCCGAUCAGACUAUCACGACUCUUCAGAUUCUUAUGAAUGUAUACGGGGCAGGAGGAGAAAGAGUAGCAGAUCUCUGGGGAAAUCAUCUGAUGACAAUGCUGAACCAGGUAAAGAAAAGCACAGGAGGAGUCAUCUUCAUCAUCAUCGACAUGGUCAUCCUCCCCAUCAUCACAAGAUUGGACACUGCCAUACUACUAAGCUGCAAGAGGAUAAUGAUCCGGUUAGGCAGCCUGCAGAAGCCAAUGGCAAAUGCAUAUGACAUGCUUCUGAGGCGGCAAAUAUGAAUGGUCAUAUCAAUCAAAAUGAUCAGAUUCUUUAAACAUAAUUACUGCUCGGCUAGACUUUGUUUUUAUUGUUUCCAUUGUUUUCUGGAUACCAAAAACCAAUUCAGAACUAUAAUUGAAUUGUGUUAACGUGAGAUCUCUGACUUUGAGCUUUAAUUUAUUCGUGCAUAUUGUUGCCA